UGAAUUGACAUGAACAUGAAGACGAAGAGUAGUAAUUCAAUAUUGGGGUGGUCUUAUUUGAUGAUGUUGAUGAAGAACAAUUUGCCUUAUAUAUGCAUGGUGGUGUGCAAUAUUAUAUUUGCAGGGAUGGCCUUGUUCGCAAAAGCUGUAAUUUCUAAAGGAAUGAACCCUUAUAUCUUUGGUGCUUAUCGUCAAGCUUUUGCCACUCUUGCCUUGGCCCCUUUUGCUUUCUACCUUGAAAGAAAGAACUCCGCUCCGCUAUACUCUGUAAGAUCUUCUUGGUUUCAUUGAUUGGGAUUACACUGUGCAUAAAUCUCUUGAAUGUUUCAUUUUGUUACGUCCCAGCAACAUUUGCUUCUGCCACUACUAACACAAUUCCUGCUAUUACCUUUAUCAUCGCCAUUCUUUUAAGGAUGGAAAGCGUUGCCAUAACUGAAUGGAGUGGAGUGGCAAAGGUAUUGGGUACAAUGCUAUGUGUUGGUGGGGCUGCGGUGUAUUCUUUUGUGAAGGGGCCUCUUGUGUAUCCACAGGCUGCCCAAGAUCAAAAUUCACACUCAUAUACAGGGUGUGGCACCAAAGCACAGUGCCUAAAAGGCUCUCUUUUUCCCCUCUCUGCCCAGGCUCUUUGCUCUUUGUGGCUUAUUAUGCAUGUUCUCUCUCUCUCUCUCUCUCUCUCUCUCUCUCUCUCUCUGCCCAGGCUACUUGGUCUUUGUGGCUUAUUAUGCAGGGUCCUCUUACAAAGAUAUAUCCAGAUAAACUAAGACUUACAACAAUACAAUGCUUCUUUAGCUGCAUACAAUCGGCAAUAUGGGCUUUGGCAGUUGAGAGGAACAUAUCAGCAUGGAAACUUGGUUGGGAUCUUAACCUUCUUGUUGUGGCCUAUUGUGGUGUAAUUUUCGUAGCGCUGACAUACUGGUUGAGAAUUUGGGUGAUAGAGAAGAGAGGCCCAAUUUUUUCAGCUGCAUUUAAUCCAUUAGCAUUCAUUGUUACAGCCAUCUUCUCAGCAAUCUUGUGGAAGGAGACCCUUCAUUGGGGAAGUGUUUGUGGAGCUUUACUGCUAGUGGGAGGCCUCUAUGGUGUUUUGUGGGGGAAGCACAAAGAAGCAAAAGCCAAACCAUUACUUGAACAAAAAUCAGAAACCAAAGAAGCCAAAUCAGUUAAACAGAAAUCAGAAACAAAAGAGGAAAGCGUAUAGCGGUGUACAAUCAAAAUGCUGUGUACUUGAAAAAAAUAAUAAGUCAAGAACUUGAGUGCUGGUCACACUGUAUUAUUGACUUUUAUAAUUACCUUGUCCA